GCUCCGCGAGGCUUCAUUGUUCCGUCCGUGCAUGCGGGCCUCGCCGUAGCGACUCAAAAUGACUAAACUGCAGCUUUUAAACCAGUAUCUGACGGAGCGCCUCAUGGAGGCCGUGCGCGAGAUCCUGGAGGUGGUGGGAGACAUGAUUUCCGAGUACCAGGAGGAGACGGCGCGCGCGCAGCGCGAGAACGAGAGUCUCCGCCGGAGGCUGCGGGAGGUCGUGUUCGUGGCCGAGGCGCCGUGGACCGAAACUCAAGAGCCGGCUGCCCCUCCUGUCCUCGGGGGCAGGUCUCCCGCCAGGCAGGAGGUCCCCGCGCUGGACUGGGACGCCCGACAGAAAGCGGACGUGGAGACGGCGGCCGGUGACGGGAAGCGGGAGCCCUGCAAUCAUCCGUGUGCGCUGGACAGGCUCCCGGCGGAGGAGGCGGCGCAAGAGGCUCCAACGCCGGGACUGAAAAAGCUGGCACUGGAAAUAGCCUUGUCCGUCGUUUCGCCGUCGUCGAGCGUCAGCGCCGUUCACUUGGCCGAGGGCGUGGUCUCCGGGGCCACGCGGUCCGCCGCAGCUGCCGAGCCGGAGCCGCUGCCCGGCCUGAGGCCCGAGCUGGUCAAAAGCGAGCCGGGGGAUGUGGACCCGAAGCCCGAGCGGCUCUCGGAAGCGCACGCGAAUGACGGCGUGCAGGACAACCCCGGUGGCGCUCUGUGUGACGCCGGCGCGAGUGCGGCGUGUGACACGAAGGGCGCUUUGUUCGAGAGCGUCGAGCAAACCGGUAAACCGGAUGAGGCGUGCGGCGACAGCUGCUUGGUGACCUUCGUGGGCGAUAAACAGCACUGCUGUUUCCAGUGUGGCAAGUUCUUCAGCCAGCGCUUCAAUCUGAAGACGCACCUGCAGAUUCAUUCCGGGGAGAGACCGUACAGCUGCAACUGGUGCGGCAGGUCCUUCACUCAGUCGGCGGACCUGCGGCGCCACCAGCGCAUCCACACGGGCGAGAAGCCGCACCGCUGCACCUGGUGCGAGAAGAGCUUCACUCAGGUGGGAAACCUGAAGAGACACCUGCGCAUCCACACGGGAGAGAGACCCUACUGCUGCAGCCUGUGCGGGAAGUCCUUCAACGACGGGGACACUCUGAAGAAGCACAAGCGAAUCCACACGGGUGAGAGACCGUACUACUGUACGCACUGCUCCAAGACGUUCACGGCGGCGAGCAGUCUGCAGAACCACCUCCGAAACCACACGAGAGAGAGCAGGCAGCCGCUGUAAGGGGCUGCGUUACCGUACCGUGUUUCCGGUGCGACGAGUCGCUCGAUUCGUGCGUACUUGUGUGUGUGGUAUCUUCAGUGCUUGUCUUGGAAUAAUAAAAUGUAAUAAACACAAUGAUGUCAUCCAGGUGGGUGAACAGAAGCGGCAUCUCCUUACUGCACCAUGCAAAGGUCCAGCUUCAGUUCCUUCCGCUUGCUGUGUAGUGUAAAAAAAAAAAAAGGAAAGAAAAAGCACACAUUUACAUGCAUGUUUUACACAGACAGGUAAAAACUGUCAGGCCCAGGGGAAACUGCACACGGCUACAGCACUGUAAAGUACAGCAGCACGGUGACGGGGACACAAAUAAGCGGAGAAAGUAACAAGUAUUGCAGACAGUGCUGAAAGUUCCAUAAAAUGCAUGGGGUGCGUUGAACAGUUGCGCAAGUCGUGGCUCGGCACCGCUCGGGUUUGCCUUCUGCUCUUUCUCCGAUUUUCAAGCCGAAAGGAAGGCCAGUGAACGCGUCGCGUCGCCCCGGGGGCAGUCGGCGGGCCUGGGCUCAGAUCCAACCCACCGCUGUGGCGUCUGUCUCUCGUGGGCCAGCGUGAGCACGCGUCCCUCGCCAUCCUUGGCACGUAACUGCUGUGCCACCUUCCCUAAAGGAAGGAGACC